UACAGGAGAUGACCAGAGACUGCGGACAUGGUACAGGAGAUGACCAGAGACUGCGGACACAGUACAGGAGAUAACCAGAGACUGCGCACAUGGUACAGGAGAUGACCAGAGACUGCGGACACAGUACAGGGGAUGACUAGAGACUGCGGACAUAGUACAGGAGAUGACCAGAGACUGCGGACACAGUUCAGAGAUGACCAGAGACUGCAGACAGUACAGGGGAUGACCAGAGACUGCAGACAGUACAGGGGAUGACCAGAAACUGCAGACAGUACAGGGGAUGACCAGAGACUGCAGACAGUACAGG